CGCGGCCCUGGCUAUGGGGCUAGGCGGGCCCGCAGCUCGGCCGAGCUGAGGCGGCGGCGGUCCGCGCGCCCCUUCGGGCCGCCCCCGCACCCCGCUCGCCGGCGUCUGGCUCUCAGGAUGAUGAAGAAGAAGAAGUUUAAGUUUAAGGUGGACUUCGAGCUCGAGGAGCUCUCCUCGGUGCCCUUCGUCAAUGGGGUCCUCUUCUGCAAGAUGCGGCUGCUAGACGGCGGCAGCUUCACCGCCGAAUCCCCCAGGGAGGUGGUGCAAGCAAACUGUGUUCAUUGGAGGAAGAAGUUCUCAUUUAUGUGCAAAAUGAGUGCGAGUGCCACCACAGGCAUCCUAGAUCCUUGUAUCUACAGGGUAUCUGUGAGGAAGGAAUUAAAAGGUGGAAAAACUUAUGCAAAGCUGGGCUUUGCAGAUCUAAACCUGGCAGAGUUUGCUGGAUCAGGAAAUACCACUCGUCGCUGUUUACUGGAAGGCUAUGAUACCAAAAAUACAAGACAGGAUAAUUCUAUUCUUAAAGUUUUGAUCAGUAUGCAGCUGAUGUCUGGUGACCCCUGUUUUAAAACGCCUCCUUCUACAUCAAUGUCUAUACCAAUUGCUGGUGAAUCUGAAUCUCUGGAAGAAGAUAGAAAAGGUGGAGAGACUCUCAAAAUCCAUCUUGGAAUAGCAGAUCUCUCAGCAAAGAGUGCCUCUGUUCCAGAUGAACUUGGUGCCUGUGGACAUUCUAGAACAUCAAGCUAUGCAAGCCAGCAGUCAAAAGUGUCAGGGUAUAGCACGUGCCACUCCCGGUCAUCUAGCUUCUCUGAGUUCUGCCACAGGAGAAAUACCUCAGUGGGAAGUACAUCAACAGGAACUGAAAGUAUUCUGGAGCCAUGUGAUGAAGUGGAGCAAAAAGUAGCUGAACCAAAUCUUGAUACAGCCGAUAAAGAAGAUACAGCUUCAGAAACACUCAACAGGUGCCCAGUGAAACAAGAUUCUGUAGAAUCUCAGCUGAACCGAGUUGAUGACACCAGAGUGGAUGCAGAUGACAUUGUGGAGAAAAUAUUACAAAGUCAAGACUUCAGCCUCGAUUCCAGUGCAGAAGAAGAAGGACUGCGGUUGUUUGUGGGUCCUGGGGGAAGCACAAGCUUUGGCAGCCAUCAUCUUCCAAAUAGGGUGGUGUCUGGAGCUUAUGAACAAGUUGUGAUCAAACGCUAGAAGUCAAGCUGGUGAGCUGAAGCUUCCCUGUGGUUUAAAAUGUGGGCAGUUGAGCUAUGAAGGCACUUUAUUCAAGCACUUAUGAGAAAAUGAACCUCUUUAAAAAAGGAAGCAUGUUCGUCUGUCACGAGGAAAAUCAACACUGGUUUCUUCUCUGAAAGUGCCCACCGCUACCCUUUCCCAUGCACCAAGACGGGCCAUCAGAAUGGCAGCACCAAGGCAGCGUGCCAUGUGUGUGUUUUGAGGUACACGGCUUCUGUGGUCACUGCACAUGAUAAUGAAAAGACAACUUUUUCUUUGAAAACAUCCUGGUGCGGAAUACAGACCUACACAUCUGAGCUGAGUUCUAGUACUAAAAUGUAAAACCUGCGAUAGAGGUGCUCAACAGAUUUGGGCUAUAAUUCAUUUCAUGUUCGAGAGACAAUAAGUGAAGAUCAUUUAAACCCUAUAAAUUCUGUCAAGAUAGUUAUAAUUCCUGGUAAGGAAAUCUUCCAUAUUAUACUACCUACAGUAUUGUACUAAGUUUAUUAAUUCUUUUUCAUCAUUGAUAUAAAAAUGUGGGUGUUCAUACUUUGGGAAAAAGUUAUACUACAAUUUAAACAUGUAAAAUGCUUAAUAAUUCUAAACGUAUCAGUCAUAACUUGAAUUAAGUGUUUUUAAGUCUGAGAUCCAUGAAUGGCUAUAAUAUCAUUAUAAUGCAGUAUGUAUUGUCACUUGUUAAUAAUAGAUAAGCUGUAGAACUCCCAGUAGCACUAGAGAAGAAAUUCAAGAGAAGUUGAUAUUCACUAUGUUAGGCUACCACGAGGCACCCUAACAGAAAAGCUGUUUUUGCUAAGUGAAUAGUAUCUGCUGGUUUCAGGAGUCAAAAUUUAGAACAGGAGGGAAAUGGUGGUAUGAUGAGAAACACGGCAGCUUUUUCUCUAUAAGUUCAGACUUACCUGAAAUUGAAGAGUAUUCCCAGGAGGUAGUGGAUAAAAGACAGGGGACAACUAACAUUAUUAACAUGGACCUUGGUCUUCUAUUGUUUUCUUCUUACUAGAUCAGAAAUUAGUUGUUUUAGGCAACAGUAGAAUAUAACAUACAUCAUGCAGAGCUUUUAAACUAAGAAUACCUAUUCCAGAUCUAGUUUAGUAGCACAGCAGAUAAACCUUAGAGAGUUUAUCCGGUCUUAUGUGACAGUUUCUGUGUUGGAAAUAAUUUUCUGUGUUUUCUUGGAAUUACUCAGUCACUGAAGAAAAAUGUAGAUUCUGUAGAACUAGAAAUUCCCAGUCUUUAUUCUUACCGUGUCCAAGUAACAUAACAUGUUAGAAUUACUUUAGUUUGGGUGUUUUCAUGUUGGCAAAAGUAAGGGGAAAAAUAUGUUAUUUUUAAGAAACCAUUAAUAUCCAAAUUGAGGUUUGGGAAAAUUUGCAUAGUUCAUGUUAGGGCUUUUUUCUUUGUUUUUUAUUUUUAUUUCAAGGAUUGAGUAUUCCAAAUGAAUCCAAUACUACUUUUACAGAUAGAUUCUGAGAUUUAUAAAGAGAUGACACCCCAGUUUAGAAUAUUUUGAAUAUCAAGAGAUAGGGUUUUCUGAGUCAUUAAACUUUCUUAUUUUUUAAGAUUUGUUUUUAAGAAAAAAAAAAAUUGACCUGAACAUUUUAGUCUAACCAAGGAAAAUGUUAUCUUAAGUGAUAAAGACUUGCUGUCUGUGAAUAAACAAGUGAACUGAUCCGUUCAUUAUAUAUUAUAGAAAAAAAAAUCAAAGAAAGUUUUUAAUAGAGAUAUGAAGAUAUUGUUUAGAGAGAGAUUUAUUGUCACAGGUUUUAAAAACAUAUUUUUCUAUUUUCAAAAUAUUAUUUCUAGGAUCUAUUUUUUAUUGGCGCUUCUGCAAAUGAUUUUGCAGUUUUGAAAUGAUAAUAAAAACUAUAUUGUAAGCAAGGUUCAGUGAGGACGUUCUUCAGAUACUAAAAGGUGCUGUAAUUAGGGCACUAGCCCUGUGUACUCAUCCUUGGCCGCCCUUGGGCAGUACCUUCAUACCAGUGUAUUUAAAAGCGAUAUAAAAUUAUUUUUUAAAAACAAAAUGUGGAUUUUGAAAAGCAUAAAAAUCAUGCCUUUGUAAUUUUAGCAACCACCAGAUACAUCUUGAUUUCUAUAUGAGUAAAUAUAACAAACAUUAAUUAGGAAGAAGAGAGAUGGCAGUGUCCUCUGUAGUCAUUGGUCUAGAUUCAUUUUAUUUUGUGUUCCAUCAGCAUACUUUGCAAUCAUAUUUCAUUACAGUCCUUGAAAAUAUCUGUUAAAGAUUGCCUAAGUGUCUGCCUUACUUCCAAGUUUUUCUUUUCUGAGAGCAUGCACUGUUAAUAUCUUAGCCAUGUAGCAAUUGAAAAACAAUCUUAUUAAAUAUCAAGUCCACUUUUGGUUUUGUUUUGAGUUUAGAAAAUGUAAUUUGAAAGAGUAGAUCUUAAUACAUUGACUUUUAAAUAUUAAAAUCAAAUUUCAAAUCGCCCAGUAUUGGAGAAUUUGCAGAUGUGUAACAUUUUCAAAUCCUAUGCUAGAGAAAAGAUCAAUGGUAUUUGAAAGCUACAUGCCUGUGGUAAGAUAAGAAAGUCUUUUUAGGGAGCAAUACAGAGGCAAGUCAGGAGCCCACUUCCUGUGACUUGUGCUGGUGACUGAGACCAGAGAGGAUGUGAUGGAUAACAAAGGGCAAAGGAGGCCCUGGGCCAUCAGUUUCCACUUUGAUGCUUGAUUCCCGUUUGUGGUGGUGUUGAAGGCUUCUGUACACAGACAACUAACGUGGAUUAGUAUUUAUAAUCUGACAAAGUCUUGACCAAGAAUCUUAAAGUCCACCAUCCCAUUCCAGCAAAAUACUAUCCAAGUAUGUAAUAAGAGCCAACAAGAUUCUUCUGUAUGUGCUUUUUGUCUUUUUUUUUUUCUUAAGAACUGUGAGCCAUUUAGCCCAUUUGUUGCUAGAAGGAAAAAGAAAAUCUAGCCUCCAGGCAAAAUAUAUUCAAAUAGCAGUGAGUUUUAAUAAGUUAAAACACCCCGAAGUAAUUUUAGACUUUGAGAUUUCCAUGCUAACUAGACCACUUUGCAAGCUGAAGGUGACCGUAUUUUUAAAUACUUUACUGAAGUGUUAAGUCAGUACAUGUAAUAAUGCUCUGAAGAGACUGGGCUCAUGUGAUGGGGUUGUAUUUUAUUUUAACAGGCCUUUAACUGAGGCAGUUCAGAAAUUACACUUGGUCAGUUUUCCUAGAUAGUACAUCAUGUGAAUAUAAUCAGGUACUGUAGUUGAACUUGUGUUACGCCACUAUUUAUAUCUUAGCUUAGGUACUAUGCAUAAUUUUAAUAGUUGAGAUGUUAAAGAAUAUGAAGUCUAAAAAUAUAAAGAAUGUUAUAUGCCUAUAUGAACACUGUUUUAAGACUGCUCUGGAAAUAAAGGCCUUAUUAUUCCCUUUUGUGACUUUUCAUAAAAAAAUAUAUACACAGUAUAUUUUAAAUGAUCAUGUAGGUGGUCUCUAGCUACUGUCCUAUAUGACAAAGCUGGCAACAUUUUUAAUUUACGUGAACAAUAAAUAUACUCUGCAUUUACAAAUGUUUGUUAUGUAUAUAAGAAAAUUCUCAUUGACCAAGUCUCACGGAGAGGAAGACAUUUAGGGUAUAUUCAGUUCGUUUUUUUUGGAAAUACAUCCUAUUUUUGCAGUCACCUUUCUCUUAUGCAUUUAUUUGAUCCUGUGGAAAUUCAUACAUUUGUGGGUAAUCAUGUAAAUGUUUAUGAAAAAGAUUUUAUUGAAGUGACUCCAUUAGUAUUCUGUUCUAAUACUUGGAGAAUGAUCUUUAUAUUUGUUUUAACUGCACAACUAUAAAUCCGGGAAAAUGUUGGGUUUUUUUUUUUUUUACAAAAACUGAUUUUUAUUGUAAAGUAUUUGUAAUAAUGUAA